AUGCACGUCGUUGAUCCCGCGCGCUUCCCUCUGGCGGCUCACGCGCAAUACACCCCAAAGACGCACACGCUAGCCGACGCCAAAGCAUUUUACUCCCGCUUGGGCAUCCAGAACAUGGUCUUGGUGCAGCCUUCAAUCUACGGCACCGAUAAUUCAUGCAUGCUACACGCACUCGAGGAGUUGACACCCAAGCAUGGCCGCGCCGUGGUGGGCCUGGAUCCAAACACGAUCGACCAUGCGACGAUGGAGAAGUGGCAUGCCCUGGGUGUGCGAGGGGCGCGACUCAAUCUCGUCAGCGUGGGACGCGAACUCAACGAGGACGAGCUGCGCGCCGAGCUGGCGAGUUACACCCGGGUGUUGAAGCCCUUGGGAUGGGUUCUGCAGCUUUAUAUCCCCCUGGUGCUGGCCACGUCGCUCGUGAAUAUUGUCCCCGGGCUCGGAGUCAAGGUCUGUAUCGAUCAUUUCGGAUCGCCCGGUCUGCCUGAGCAUUUCGACCCGUCGGGCGGCCCCAUAUAUCCGUACGAUAUGCGGGGGUUCGCGUCGCUGGUGAAUCUUCUGCAGGCUGGAAAUACGUGCGUCAAGUUGUCGGCACCGUACCGUCUCUCAAAAGAUCCUGAGAUGAGAGACCUAGACGCAAUCGGACUGGAGCUGGUCAUCAAAGGUGGACAUCGUGUUGUAUACGCCACGGACUGGCCGCAUACACGGUUUGAGAACGUUGAUUCGGUCCCUUUUAUCGAGAAAUGUUUUGAGUGGUGCGGUGGCGACGAGACUUCAAUCGACGGAUUAUUCCGUGGGAACGCCGAGGAGCUUUGGGACGUGGCUGUGAACACGUAA